GUUUUGACAGCUCGAUUGUGACGAUUUGUCAUUUGCAGAAAAUUAAAUUUGUUGGCACUUAUUUUGCCUGCUGUACAAAAAGUGAAGUCAAUUACCACGGGAUUAAGAACAAACAACAUUUGCGUUUGCCUUGUUUGCUGUAGCAAGGAGUGCAAACUGUUUGUUUUCUGGCUGACCGCGUAUGUAACGAUGCAUUUGCUUCCACGUCUCACCGUGUGAGAAAGAGAGACGUACGUAAUAGGACGGAACCUGCUCGAAACAACAACAUAGAUCCAGUGGUGCCGUGAAAGCUGCUACAGCUGCUGCUCGUAUUGUGCAAACUCCCCCCUUGUGCGCUUUUGCACGGCACGAUGGAGGACGGACUGUGGUUGAUCGAGCUCGAGUCAGCGCUACAGGAUGAUUGUACGGUGGACGACAUUUACGCAAUAUGUCACGGAAAGACACUCCCCGAAGCGCUGCGCUUAGACGUGUGGCAGGUGUGCCUGGGGGUACGCAACAAACCGGACCAGCUGGCACAGUUCAACGAAAUCUACGACCUUCCCUUCCAGGCACUGUUACGAUCCGACUGUGAGGAGUUUGUCAGCAAGCUCGGUAAUGAGGACGAGGAUAAGGUGUCAGUGGUUUGUGAUCUCGAAUCGAUCCUCACGUUUUACUGCAAAAACCGCAACCUUGUGUACGAGCCAAACAACGGAUGGGUGGAGCUGAUGCUGCCGUUGCUUUCUUUGAAGCUGAUACGUUCAGAUACGUACAACCUGUUCGAAGCGAUUCGUGAUACGUACAUUCCAAAGGGCUGCAGUAAGAAUGGAACCGUAUUCAACGUGUUCCGCCUGCUGCUGCUAUAUCACGAUCCGGAGCUAUGUACCAUCCUGGACACGAAGCGCAUCACGCCCGAUUGCUAUGCGAUGGGAUGGUUCCAAACGCUGUUUGCUUCCACCUGUACACUGCCGGUCGUGCUAUCCAUGUGGGACCUGUACUUCCAGCAGUCCGAUCCAUUCCUCGUGUUCUUCCUCAGCUUGAUUGUGUUGAUUAACCAGCGCGAUCAAAUCCUUGCGAUGAAAGCUUCUACCAAAGAAGAGCUCAUCGGUUUUCUAGUCAAUAUGCCGUGCAACAUCGAGGCGGACGAUGUGCUCGACUUCUGUUCGCUUGCGCAGUAUUACUCCGUGAAAACGCCGGCCUCCUUCAAGCGGGACCUGCUGCAGGUGCUAUUCGGUGCUCAGCGAGGCGGGAGCAGUAAGCCGGAAGGAUCGGUCGUGUCGCAAGCCCUCUGCUUGCCGGUGUCGGUAAACGAACUCAUAGAGAACGCGUCGAUACAGAACCCACACCCGGAGGCGGUCCGGUUCUUCCUGGUUGACUGUCGGCCAGCGGAACAGUACAACUCGGGCCACCUGUCGACCGCCUUCCAUCUAGACAGUAAUCUAAUGCUACAGGAACCGGAAGCGUUUCAGACGGCGGUGCAGGGAUUGUUACGCUCGCAGCGAAACGCUAUCGAUGCCAACUCCAAUGCGGGCGGCGAACAUCUGUGCUUUCUGGGAUCGGGACGGCUGGAAGAGGACCAGUACACGCACAUGGUGGUGGCGUCGUUUUUGCAGAAAAAUACCAAAUACGUCUCGCUGCUGACAGGUGGAUACGAAGCGAUACACGAGUACUUCGGUGAGGGCAUGGUCGAUUGUCUGGAGGAUCACGAUCCGCUUAAGUGCUUGCUGUGCAAUAAGGAGCAGCUACGGUAUGGGGGAGGAAAGUCGAUCGCAAACAAUAACAACCCGAAAGCCCUCAACAGCGGUGCCAACAGUGCUAAUAGCAGUGCAACGAACAGUCUCAAGCGAGGCAAUCAACGAAGUGGCCAUACGGCCAACAACAAUGGCACUGCGGGUGACCGGAAAUCGACCAUCGAUUUGUUCAGCAAACUGUCGCUUGCGAUGAAAACCAAGUCGGCCGAGGUGAAGGAAAAGCUUAUUGACUACAUUUCCAACCCGAAUGCGAACGAGCCUGGUUCUAGCCGGACAGGUAAUGGUGGUGAGAAGCAUGUGUCUCGGAAUGAUCGUAAUGGGAAGCGAUACCGAAACGUUCCACCGGUGUUCAGCAUCGGGGAGGAUCAAGAGGAUGAGGAUGAGCUGAAUUCCGCUGCCAGUGAGUCAUCGUUGGUGGUGCGGAGCGCUAAAACGAACUCUCAGCAACAAUCAGAUCCGACGGAAGAGAUCGUUUCGAUACAGAGCUUCUUGAAGGGGCCGGAUGUGAUACGGUACUUCAAGUGCCAGGAGGUACACCUGAAUGGAUACAUGUACGACAGCUACCUGCUGGUAACGGCCAAGCAUAUGAUAGUGCUGCGUGAGCUGGAAACUCGACGGGAUCGAGCCCGAAUCAUCGUACGUCGGCAACUCCAGAGCAUUGUAAAAAUUACGGCCAAAAAGCGACAUCGAGACCUGAUCACGUUCAAGUACGGCUACCCGGAGGAGGAAAACCUGGUCAUUACGGAUAUGGAUCGGUUUCUGAUACCGAACGCGAGCGAAGUGACUGAUCUGAUCUCGCGGCAUAUUAUCAAGCAGACGUGAACCGUCGAGGGAAACGCAGUGAGGGCUUCUAGUCCGUCCUGAUAGCAUUGUCCCUUAUUCCCCACGCGCUAAGUUUAGAGCGUUUUGGUUUUGUUACCACCACAUCCGGCAGCCAUCAUCAUCUCAGUGCUUAUCAGCAAUCAAGAAGUAAUGUAGUAUUUUUUUCGUAUGAUUAUCGUUGUUAUGUUCGUUGAUUUUUUGAAAAUUUCGUUUUUAUUUUAAUCGUUACCUGCGAUCGUUUUUAUGUCUAUUUAGUUAGCUGAGACUAUUUUCAUCAUGCAUGCAUUAGGCUAAAAGUCCAUCGUCGUUAAUAUCGUGCGCCCCAAUCUAUGUCCGUUACUUAUCCUCGUCGUGUAGGGAAAAUCACACACACGCACUCGUAGCAUUUUGUAUAGCUGCACACACACAUAUUGUAGCACGAUUAGAAAUGUUGCUGAACAUAUUGUGUCGAUUGUCGAUAAACAGGAAACUGAUUCCUUGCUACCUUAACCCUGAAGAUGAAUAUAUAAGUAAAGUGAACUGAAUCCGAGAUUUCCAUUUGAUUCCCUUCAGUAGAGUGAGACGUUGUGACACGCGAAGAACAUGCGAAGAAGCUUGUGUAUAGAAAUAAAAAACCAAUCUUCACCCAGAGUUUAUCCUUCCCAACGUA